UUUCCGGGACCUGAACUUGCUGCCGUGUCCUCUGAAGAAGGAAAGCUUUUCGUACGGGGGCUCAACUUUAACAACAAUGAGCAGGCACUGGAAGACCACUUUAGCAGCUUCGAGCCUAUCUCUGAGGUGGUCGUUGUCAAGGACCGGGAGACUCAGCGGUCCAGGGGUUUUGGUUUCAUCACCUUCACCAACCCAGAGCUUGCUUCAGUUGCCAUGAGAGCCAUGAACAGAGAGUCCCUGGAUGGUCGUCAGAUCCGUGUGGAUCACGCAGGCAAGUCUGCUCGGGGAACUAGAGGAGGUGCCUUUGGGGCCCAUGGGCAUGGUCGCAGCUGCUCUAGCGGUGGUGGGGACCAGGGCUAUGGGAGUGGCAGGUAUUAUGACAGUCGACCUGGAGGGUAUGGAUAUGGAUAUGGACGCUCCAGUUCCAGAGACUAUAAUGGCAGAAACCAGGGUGGUUAUGACCACUACUCAGGAGGAAAUUAUAGAGACAAUUGUGACAACUGA